AUGUUUGUUUAUUCGACAGAUUGUGAAAUGCCGUCAACAUUUAAUCAAGUUAUCCUGAUAAGUCCAUUACCUCCAACAAGACAAACACUGGCUGCACUCGAUGCCUUCAGUUUGGUUUCUCAGAAGGAUUGGCAUCAUAACUAUCGGGUUAAUCAUCAUCACCAUCAACAAAAGAAACCUUAUGAUAGCGAAGAAACAUCACAAAGAUCUCCAGAAAUAUUGCCAUCAAGUAACCAAUCAACUUCUUUUCAUCCUCACCACCAGCCUCAUCAACCUCUUCCUCUUCACAAUGAUGAAACAUUAUCAUCUGUCACUACAUUAGUCUUAUCUAAUGUAGGAAAACAUGAAGGCUCAAACCAAACAUUUACAACAAAACAUAUCACAUCAGCUACUCUCUCUUCAGGAAUCAGUAUCUUCCCAUAUUUGACAUUAAUGUGGAAAGUAUCACCUGAAAUAAUGAAAAUGAAUAAUUUAUCUUCAAUAUUUGAACAAACUGUUUCAUUGUGUACAAUUAAUUUAUGUGAUAGUGAUCAGUUAAAUUCUAAUGAAAAUCUAUUGUCAACCUCAGAAUUUCUUCAUCUGGAACCUGAAUAUAAAAUAAAUGACUUAAAAAUAUAUCAGCAUCCCAAUGGGAUUACUUUAUAUGGAAGUUCAGGUACACUAAGUUAUAUGAACGCUUUGAAACAUGUUCAAUGGUUUUAUAAAGAUGAAAGUACUCCUCCUCCCAGUAAACGUUGUUUUAAUGCAUCGUGUAAGGCGGUAGUUCAAACCUCCAAAACAGAUCAAAGUCCAAUGAAAAUCAAUAGUAAUUCUAUCCAGUCUGAAUUUGUUGUUCAUCGGGAAGAAACUGGAAUUCAUGAUUCAUCAUAUUCAUCCACAUUUAUUCAACCUAGUGCACAACAACAUUCAGCUCGUUUAUCUUUACCAUCAGAGCCGCGUUUAUUAGCGAAAAGACAUACCACAAGUGGAUUGAAAUCAGAUAUGCAAGUGAAUGAAAAUUCAAGUGUAUGGAGUAAGAGUUCUUUACUGCUUAUUAGCUCUUCAGUUUUGGCAGUCUUAUUGUUAUUUUUUGUCGCCGUUAAACGAAUACAACGUAUCCAUUCAAAAUCUCGUCAGUUUGAAUCCCAAACACAAAAUCUUCACAUGAUACCAUACGAUAAUGAUGCAUUAAAAGAAACAUUCAAACGUCAACAAUUAAACGAUAUUGAAGAAGCAAUCAAAUCAGAAACAACUGAGGAGCUAAGAAAUCCAUGUGUAUGCAACAAAACGUCAUCCUUUGCAGUACAAAAUAAACAACAACAGCACGAUGGACCUCAGCCGUUGAGAAUCAUACCAAAUCCUAUUGUCAAUCGGUCAGAAAUGAGAGAAUUCACGGAAAAAACCAUUCUACUUGAUGAGAAGCGAUACAAUACCACUCUAAACAUAGCUACAUCGAUAUAUAACUGUAAAAAUGAGAGAAACAAUUCACCAAUAAUUUGUAAUCCAACACUUGAACUUUACGAAAAUCCAAUAAGAUCAGAUCAGGAGGAUGAAGGAGAUUUUGAAUGUUCAUGCUGUGAAAAUGAUGACAUUACAAAAUAA